AUCUUUACACGUGCGUGUAUGAAGUUCCGAAAGAGGCGCUUGUUUUGUCAGAUGUGUGUGAGUGUGAAAGUUGUGAUUGAACGGAGAAACCUUUUAUUUAUUGUUGAACGUUCAUAUUUCUAUAAAAAAUCAACAUUAUGAUUCACAGUUUGUUUAUAAUAAAUUCUUCCGGGGAUGUCUUUAUGGAGAAACAUUGGAAGAGUGUGAUCCUUCGCUCUGUGUGUGAUUAUUUUUUUGAUCAGCAACGUAAAAUCAGCUCUCCAGAAGAUAUGCCACCCGUAAUAGCAACACCACAUCAUUACCUCAUCAGCAUCAAUCGUUGUUCUAUGUUUUUUGUAGCCGUUUGUAUGACUGAAGUGCCGCCUUUAUUUGUUAUUGAGUUCCUUCAUCGUGUUGUGGACACCUUUGAAGAUUAUUUCGGUGAAUGCACAGAAUCAAUUAUAAAGGAACAUUAUGUAGUGGUAUAUGAGUUGCUUGAUGAAAUGUUGGAUAAUGGGUUUCCAUUAGCUACUGAAUCUAAUAUUUUGAAAGAGCUGAUAAAACCACCAAACAUUUUGAGAACAAUAGCCAACACUGUAACAGGAAAGUCAAAUGUGAGUGCAACGUUGCCUAGCGGUCAGUUAUCAAAUAUCCCAUGGCGAAGAACAGGUGUGAAGUACACAAAUAAUGAAGCGUACUUUGAUGUGGUGGAGGAAGUGGAUGCAAUAAUUGACAAGGCUGGCUCUACAGUGUUUGCAGAAAUACAGGGAUAUAUUGACUGCUGCAUAAAAUUGAGUGGGAUGCCCGAUCUGACUCUGUCAUUUAUGAACCCUCGCCUGUUUGACGAUGUCAGCUUCCAUCCUUGUGUUCGCUUCAAGCGCUGGGAGGCUGAAAGACUGUUGUCUUUUAUCCCUCCUGAUGGGAACUUCCGUCUUAUGUCUUACCACAUUGGAUCUCAAAAUAUAGUAGCGAUCCCUAUAUAUGUAAGGCAUAGUAUUUCCUUUAAAGAUGUUGGAGGAGGAAGACUGGAUCUCACUGUGGGACCAAAACAGACAAUUGGUAGAACUGUCGAGAAUGUUGUUAUUGAAAUUCCAAUGCCAAAAUCUGUGCUAAACUGUAGUCUUGUUCCUAAUCAAGGGAAAUAUUCCUUUGAUCCUGUCAGUAAAGUACUGAUGUGGGAUAUUGGACGUAUAGAUACAUCGAGACUGCCAAAUCUCCGAGGCACUAUCAAUUUGCAGUCAGGUGCUCCUGCCGUAGAAUCAAAUCCCUCAAUAAAUGUUCAGUUCACCAUUAAUCAGCUAGCUGUUUCUGGUCUCAAAGUUAAUCGAUUGGAUAUGUAUGGUGAAAAGUACAAGCCUUUUAAAGGUGUAAAAUAUAUUACUAAAGCUGGACGUUUCCAAAUACGAAUGUAAAAUUUCUGUGACCGUAUGACAGUUGACUGGAGUCAGCUGAAGAGUAGUUCACAUACAAGUUGCUAAAUUUUCACAGUUGCCCAUUUCUGGGAAACUGAUGUAUCACCUGUACUGCAGUUGACAAGAACCAGCUGGUAAAGAAACACAUUCUGGACAAUAAGGCACAUGUCGGUGUCAAACUCACAGAAGUGUGUUAAUGUCUUCAGAUGGGAAAAGACUAAAAUUAUUAUAGCAUGGAUAAUUUGGAAAAUAUAAUUUAAUGUAAUCUGUGAUAAGUACUUAGGUUGAGAAAUUCCCGGGCUCUGAGUUUAUGUUGGCCACAUACAUAGAAAGGAAGGAAGGAAACUGAGUAAAAAAGAAGGUGAGAGCAGGAGGAGGAGGACUGGUUGUGACAUGUCGUUGGCUAAUUUAGAUUAAUAUGAACACUGGUCUGGAGAUAAAAACUUAUUACGGAGUGAAUAUGUUUGAACAUGCAGAGCAGUGUCUGAGAGACUGGAUGCUUAAUUUUGCCUAAUCCUCAGUAAAGUUUGUAGUCGCUUUAUUUGUGGAAUGCUGUUGGGACCUCGUUUCAUGUAUAGGCGACACCUCUCUCUUAUCCUCUUGUGUCUUUGAACUCUGGGAAUUACCUUUGGGUGACCUAUUAUCCAUAGUUGUGUAUCCUAGUAGCGCCUAUUACAUUUAAAAAAUUUGAAUCCUUGAAGUUAUCUAUACAGGCACAGUUACUAUUAUUGUUAUUAUUAUUAUUAUUAGGCCAGGAUAUAUUUAAAGACUAGUCUCUCCAUUAUGGAUAUCCUCCUUCCUAUUAGUGAGUGAAACUAAAGCAUUUGAUCUGAACAUUUACGCUGCAGCAAUACAAUUAAUUCUGUUAAUUAUUUUUAUUCUGCCAUUCUCUUCAAAUUUCAUCUCGGCUCAUUUUAUUAACACACUCAACACUCAAUAUUUUAACAUAGUGCCUAUGUGUUACCACAUUGUAAUGUCACAAAUGUUCAUGAAAAUGCUGGAUGCUCAUGGUGACUGAAAUUGAAGGUAAAUAAUUUCAAAUUAAUUGAGUGUGAAACUGUACUUGCUGUGAAGUAGUUUCACUAAAAAUGACAGAAAGAAGAAUUGCAAGAUUACAGAAACAGUUUUACAUAAUAUUUGUAAAUUGUGCAGGUUCUGAAGUCCUAGUGAAUGGAUAAAUGUGAAGAAAUGAAUUAAGGGGAGGGGGGGGGGGCAAUGGAGUGCUUACCAGAGUACGUGCAUAAAAAUUUAGGAAAGUGUUCUUCCCUCAGCUUAGUAGUGUAAUGAGGUGGAGAGCAAAAGUCUAUAUCACAGAGUUCCUUCACACUACAGUGAACAGUAAUAUGAGUAAUAUGCACGUGUGUGUGUGUGUGUGUGUGUGUGUGUGUGUGUGUGUGUGUGUGUGUGUGUGUGUGU